GCGAGGAAUCCGGUUAAUCGAUUUUUGCGGAGGUUUCGAUGAAUCCGACAAUUUAGCUUCUUGCUGGAGCGAGCAAUGAAUUCUCCCACCUGCACUUGUCCACAAAGACUUGCAGCAAACCCCACACGUAAUUUACCGAAUCUCAAAACUAUCAGUGCUAGUCAAGUUCUAUGUCAGUUAUUGUCAAGUCUUCGGCCCCAUCAGGUUGCAGUGAAAUUUCGAAUUGCACACCAGAAGAUGGUGUUUUAAGUGCGCGAUUUGCCCCAUAGAAAUUAUAGUUUUGAAAAACUCGACAACCUAGUGAGGCUGAGGUUUUUUUGUGAUUUAGGUUAAAUUAAGCAAAUUUAAUGAAGGUACCGAUCAACAUCAGUUUAGAUUAUAUGGAUUAUAUAAACUACUACACGUAUUUUCUCGAAACGAAAAGUGAUCCUAGGACAUCGAAAUGGUUUCUUAUAGGCUCUCCAGGACCUGUCCUCACGAUAAUCGCAACCUAUUUAUAUUUUUGUAUUUACGCCGGCCCUCGUUACAUGAAAGAUAGGAAACCCUUCGAUUUGAAAAAUGCAAUCAUAGUGUACAAUUUUCUACAAGUCAUAUUCAGUAUAUUUCUCGUGUACGAGGGAUUAAUGGGAGGAUGGGCUACAGGUUACAGCCUUAAAUGUCAGCCAGUGGAUUAUUCAGACAAUCCCAUGGCUCUUCGGAUGGCCCAAGCUGUCUGGUUGUACUUCCUUUGUAAGAUAAUCGAGUUGCUCGAUACGGUCUUUUUCGUCUUGAGGAAGAAAAUGAAUCAGGUUACAUUUCUUCAUCUGUACCAUCACGCUAUGAUGCCGAUCUGUUCUUGGAUCGGUGUGAAAUUUUUGCCGGGUGGUCAUGGUACUUUGCUAGGAUUGAUCAAUUCUUUCAUUCAUAUAAUAAUGUACUCGUAUUACUUCGUGUCUUCGAUGGGGCCUCAGUACCAAAAAUAUUUAUGGUGGAAAAAGCAUUUAACAGCUAUGCAAAUGGUGCAAUUUUGCAUAAUCUUUUUCCAUAAUUUACAAGUGUUGUUCCGGCAAUGUGAUUACCCAAAGUUUAUAGUAAUGUUGUUAGGUACACAAGCAUUGUUUUUCCUAUUUUUGUUUGGUAGCUUUUACCAUAAAACGUAUAUUCAGAAACCGAAGGCUCUAGAGAAGACCAACAACAAUGUACAAAAUGGCAAGACAAAAGUUAAUUAAUCGCUGUUAUUUUAUUUAUUUUGAAUAUUUGUGUAAUUAUUGAGACUUUUCCAAAUAUAAUGUUAUUAUAUCGAGA